CAGCCAAGAAAAGAAACAAGAUGAACGGAAACCGUGUAGUUUGUCAUUGUUCUACCGUAUACAAGAAAUCUAUUUGACAGGUAAUAUUGUGAACACUUGGAGGCUGCUAUCUAUUGAGACAUUGAAAGGACUCAGUUCCCAAAGUAAAGAGAGCUCUCCCUGACUGAAGGAAAUCAACACAGGACUCUGAAACCACAGGUAAAAGAAAUAAAAGUCUGGUGUCAGUGAUGUAUAGGUUGGUGUUACAGAAAUCUGUCACAGUGUCCGGGGUUAGUGGGUGUAGUCACAUAUCCCUUGUGUCAACAGACCGGGUCUGGAUCAGUGAUUAUAAAGGCAAUCUCAUCUUAACUAACACGACAGGAGACAUACUAGAUAGUGUGACGGAUUUACGUCAGUAUGGUGGUGGAGUACAUACUGUGAAUAGUAUUAGUGAAUUAAUUUAUAAAGGCUGUAAUAAGAACAUCAUUAAACUGUCUAAAGAUAAAGUAAAGACCACAGUGAUACCAUACACAUCACCAUGGACUCCACUGUGUGUCUACAGCUCCCCCUCCACUGGAGACCUGCUGGUCGGGAUACGUAAUACUGAUACAUAUAGAGAAGGCCAGGUAAACCGUUACUCAAACACAGGAGAACACAUACAGACCAUACAGCACGACAACACAGGUCAGGGACUGUAUAGUGAACCUAACUACAUCACAGAGAACUGCAAUGGAGAUGUUAUUGUGUCUGACUCUGGCUGUGAUGCUGUAGUGGUGACAGACAGUUCAGGUAAACAUCGUUUCUCCUACACAGGUCCUACAUCAGGAUCAGAACUAUCACCAUGUGGAAUCUGUACUGAUGCGCUGUCACACAUCCUGGUAUGUGAUCCUAACACCGACACAAUACAUAUCAUUGACCAGGACGGUCUCUUUCUGACACAGUUAGAGACAAAACAACACGGGAUAGGCACACCAGUCAGCCUGAGUUAUGAUUGUGAUACACAGCUUCUCUGGGUUGGAUCAUUGUACAACAACAAAGUAAACAUUUACAGACUUAUCAAUGAAGGGGACGGUCUGACUGAUAAAGUUGAGGGAUUAAAGACGUUCUUGAGAAAGGAGAGGACAACUGUUUCCCAUGCCAGAGGAAUACUUGUUGGGUGUGCUGAGGCUGGAAAAACAACGCUACUGAAGAGAUUAAGAGGGCAAAGUCAGAAUGUUGGUGAAGUAACAGACUCCACCAGGGGGCUGGAAGUCCAUCAACAUGUCUUCAUUGUUAAAGAUGGAAUUUUAGAAGUAGCUGAAGACGAUUCACCAUUGAAGACGUUUAUCAGGAUAAAUGUCGCGGACCUGAAGCCAAAAAUUAGCGGUGAAGUUGACAUUUCCAAUCCAAAUGAAAAUAGAGACAAUUCGGAACUGAAAAGUCCCGAUAAAAAGAGAGAGGAAAUCUCUAGCCGAGAAGAAGAGAAAGUUGAGUUGUCUAGCCCACCAACUGAAGUAAAAGAAGAAGUCAAUACAGUAGAGGUAAUGGCCAGUGUUCUCUCCUCAGAAGCACAGAAAAUGGUGAAGGAUGAAAUUUUUCAGAAAAUCUUGUCUGAAAAAGAGAACUUACCAACUGUCAGCAUGCUGGAUUUUGCUGGUCAGUUGGCGUAUUAUGCCUGUCACCAAAUUUACGUAACACCAAAGGCCUUCUUUAUCCUUGUGUUGGACAUGACUAAGAAGUUUGAAGAUGUUGUUGAAAAAGAGAAAGAUAAUCAAGAAGGAUCCAUCUUCUCCGUGUGGACUUACAAAGACUACCUGAAGUUUUGGAUAACCUCAAUCAAGACUUUUGGAGGCACUAAGGCACCCAUGUUCAUUAUUGUUACACACACAGAAAGAACAUCUAAAGAAGUAAGAAUUUGA